UGCCCUCCGCCUUUCCUCAAACUAUGUCGACACUGUGUUUUAAUUAUGUCCCAACAUUCUCUCUCUCUCUCUCGGACAUAUUCCUUCGUCGGCAUCGACACGGAACUCGAUGAAGGUUCUCAAAUGCCACGGUGCUCCCAUGUGCGCAGGACGAAUAUCACUCCACCCAUUCUCGGACAGAUCACAUCUCCGGGCUCUUUUUGGUGCAUAAAUUCGAUAUUCGCGUCCAUUGGAAGCCUCUCUCGGCUUUCCAAUCCGCUCUUUCCAUGUUAUCCAUUGAGGAUCUCUGGCCGCUGUUUAUCUUUGAAGAUUUCAGAACAAAAGCUCGGGUUUUCUCAGACUCAAUCCACAAGACAAUCUUGGAAUCCAUGGCCAACGCGAGCUGCGGAGGGAGCGAGUUAGAGACGUGCCGAGACGAGUCGGCCGCGCUCGACCUCAAACUCGUCGCCAUCGCGUCGAUCCUAAUCGCCGGCGUCGUCGGAAUCGCCAUCCCCCUCGUCGGAAAGAACCGCCGCUUCCUCCGCACCGACAGCAACAUCUUCUUCGCCGCCAAGGCCUUCGCCGCCGGCGUCAUCCUCGCCACCGGGUUCGUCCACAUGCUCUCGGACGGGUCGAACGCCCUCUCGGACCCGUGCCUGCCCGAGUACCCGUGGUCCAAGUUUCCCUUCUCCGGGUUCUUCGCCAUGAUGGCCUCCCUCUUGACCCUCCUCGUAGACUUCGUGGGGACCCAGUAUUACGAGCGCAAACAGGGCCUGGCCCGGGCGAGCGAGGAGAGGGUCCGGGUCAGUUCUGCGGAAGCGGGUCUGGAGCCCGAGAUUUUGCCGGUUGCGGAUGAUAAGGAGUGGAAUGGGAAAGUGUUUGGGGAAGAGGAGGGCGGUGGAAUGCACAUUGUUGGGAUGCAUGCGCACGCGGCGCACCAUAGACAUAGUCACCCGCAUGGCCAGGACGCAUGUGACGGGCACGUGAGAGAUCUCUCUCCGGGGCAUGGGCACGGGCACGGGCACGAGCAUUCUCACGGGUUUGAAGAUGGUGAUGGCGAGGAUGGUGGCGUUCGGCACGUCGUCGUUUCGCAGAUUUUGGAACUGGGGAUUGUAUCACAUUCAGUAAUAAUCGGGCUAUCACUGGGAGUUUCACAAAGCCCGUGCACAAUAAGACCCUUAAUUGCAGCAUUAUCAUUCCAUCAGUUCUUCGAAGGAUUUGCCCUUGGAGGCUGCAUCUCCCAAGCCCAGUUCAAGAAUCUUUCAGCGACGAUGAUGGCGUGUUUUUUCGCCAUAACAACCCCAGCGGGGAUUGGGUUUGGGAUUGGCAUCUCUUCCUUCUACAACCCCAACAGUCCGGGUGCUCUGGCUACUGAAGGAAUCUUGGAUUCCAUCUCGGCUGGAAUUUUGGUGUACAUGGCUUUGGUGGACCUGAUUGCUGCUGAUUUUCUGAGUAAGAGGAUGAGCUGCAACUUUAGACUACAAGUAGUUUCUUAUUGCAUGCUUUUCCUUGGGGCUGGACUCAUGUCUUCACUGGCAAUCUGGGCUUGAUUCUCGAUGCUCUGGUAUUUAACUUUGUGUCUUUCUUUGGGCCAAUGCUCCAAAAAUUCUUUUUUUUUGGUUUCUUUUGGGAGGGAUAGGGAAGGUGGAAAAGUGAAAACAAAAGAAAUGAGAUUUCUAGUC